CGCUGCACUUCCAAAUCCUCAAUUGUUAAAACUUAAAAUACACCAAACAAACACACCUUUGGUUUAAUAUAAAGGGGGCAAAACUAUAGCAUUCCACGUGGAUCAUGGGUACACGGUCUGAUUAAUUAAAGAUGAUCAGACCGACUAUAAUCCCCAAAAUUCUAACACCAAAUUUCUUCUCUCUCGCCCUCUUUAUAAAUUUGCCACUUCUUGAGAUUCUAUACACAGCCAAAUUAGCCUUCCCUCACAAUACACCCUUGUGCCAACUGCCUCUUCAACCAUAUUGCAUAUGACUUUUCCAGUGGAGUUCAUGAGAUUCUAUACACAGCCAAAUUAGCCUUCCCUCACAAUACACACUUGUACCAACUGCCUCUUCAACCAUAUUGCAUAUGAGACUUUUCCAGUGGAGUUCAUGAGAUUCUAUACACAGCCAAAUUAGCCUUCCCUCACAAUACACACUUGUACCAACUGCCUCCUCAACCAUAUUGCAUAUGGGGCUUUCCCAGUGGAGUUCAUCUCCACCGUCCUCUCCUUUUUUCAUGCAUGCUUUUAUCCUUCUCUGGUGGUGUGGCUUGUUAGUCACCUCUGUUGUUGGCGGGAAUAAUGAGACCGACCGGUUGGCGUUGCUUGAGUUCAAAGCCAAGAUCACUGAUGAUCCUCUCCAGGUUUUGAGCUCUUGGAAUGACAGCAUCCACUUUUGUCAAUGGCGAGGGGUUACUUGUGGCCGUCGACAUCAGAGGGUCAUUAAGUUGGACCUGCGAAGUUCGAAACUGGUAGGCUCUAUAUCACCACAUGUUGGUAAUUUAAGUUUUUUGAAGAAUCUAAUACUCCAAAACAACAGCUUUCAUGAUGAAAUUCCUUCAGAAAUUGACCGUUUACGCAGAUUGCAAAUCCUAUACUUGUACGGUAACAUAAUUAGCGGCAAAAUUCCGAGAAAUUUAUUCCAUUGCACCAACCUCAAACGCAUUUAUAUCGGUCGCAACCUCUUGUAUGGGGAAAUCCCUACAACUCUUGGCACUUUGUCAAAACUCCAACACAUUAAUUUUGAAAUUAAUAAUUUGACAGGAAGUAUCCCACCUUCUUUCGGCAACUUAUCCUCUCUAGAAAAGUUUGCUGCAUAUUCUAAUAACUUGGGUGGGAGUAUCCCUACUUCUUUUGGCCAAUUGACGAAACUUACAUUUUUUGGUGUCGGUGUAAAUAGGUUGUCUGGAAGAAUUCCUCCUUCAAUCUUCAAUUUGUCUUCGUUAAAAUUUUUUGAUGUAGGAAUCAACCAAAUCCGAGGGCAUCUUCCGUCGGAUAUAGGUAUCACCCUUCCAAAUAUCGAAAAUUUUAGCGUUGACGGUAACCAAUUUAUUGGACCUAUCCCUAUUUCAAUAUCUAAUGCCUCAAAUCUAAAGUUUCUUCAACUUUCCGAAAAUAAACUAAGAGGUGGAGUUCCUUCUUUGGAGAAGUUAUAUAGAGUUUCAAUUUUUACCAUAUUUAAUAAUGAGCUUGGAAAUGGAGGGGCAAAUGACUUGAGUUUUCUCUGUUCUUUGACAAAUUCUACAUAUCUAACCGAUUUAGAGAUAGACUACAAUAACUUUGGGGGAGAGUUGCCCAAGUGCAUUGCCAAUUUCUCAACUACUCUCAUCUUUCUCAGUCUAAAAGAUAUUAAAAUAUCUGGAAACAUUCCUACUGGAAUAGGAAAUUUGACCAAUUUGGAGGUACUAGAUAUGGGGAAUAAUAAAUUAUCAGGUCAUAUUCCUUUUGAAAUUGGAAAGCUUCAUAAAUUACACAUUUUGGAUUUAUCUGCAAACAAUAUCUUUGGGAACAUUCCUUCCUCUCUUGGAAAUUUUACUCUUUUGAUAAGCUUGUUUUUAGAGGACAAUAAUCUUCAAGGAAGCAUCCCUUUGAGUCUUGGCAAGUGUCAAAAUAUGAUGGAAUUGAAUCUUUCUAAAAACAAUCUCAAUGGUACCAUAUCAUAUCAAGUAAUUGGUCUCUCAUUCUCAUCAAUUUCUCUAGACUUGUCAGCCAACAGAUUUACUGGUGUCCUUCCUACAGAAGUAGGAAAUUUAAUAAAUUUAGAACACUUGGAUAUUUCUGACAACAUGUUGUUUGGAAAAAUUCCAACAAGUCUUGGUAGCUGUGUAAAACUAGAAUAUCUAGCCAUGAGAAGCAACUUCUUUCAAGGGGUCAUUCCCUCAUCUUUGGAAUCAUUAAGGGGCCUUCAACUUUUAGAUCUUUCUAAAAACAAUUUCUCUGGCAAUAUUCCAAAAAAUGGAGUUUUCAAGAACACAAGUGCAAUUGUGAUUAAGGGGAACCGUAAGCUUUGUGGAGGCAUGCCUAAGUUUCAUCUUCCUGUAUGUAAAUACAAUAAAUCCAAGAAGAGGAAGUUGACUCCUUCCUUGAAGCUAAUAAUCUCUAUAUUAUCUGGCCUUCUUGGAGUAACUUUGGUAAUGUUAUUUUUACUUCUCUGCACUUUGAAAAAAAAAAGAAGAGAAAGUAUUUUAAGUAAUUCAGGAAAUUUACUUUUGAAUGUAUCUUACCAUAGUCUCCUAAAAGCUACAGAUGCAUUCUCCACCACUAAUUUAAUUGGUGUGGGUAGCUUUGGAUCUGUAUAUAGAGGAAUUCUUGAUCAUGACAGACGUAAAGUUGCUGUCAAGGUGCUCAACCUUUUGCAGCAUGGAGCUUCAAAAAGUUUUAUUGCUGAAUGUGAGGCUUUGAGAAAUAUCAGACAUCGGAAUCUAGUGAAGGUACUCACAGCAUGUUCAGGUGUUGACUAUCAAGGUCAUGAUUUCAAAGCAUUGGUAUAUGAGUUCAUGACUAACGGCAACCUAGAUGGGUGGUUGCAUCCAGUUUCAAGAAGAAAUGAGGUUCCUGAAGAACAAACACAUUUGAAUUUUCUUCAAAGACUGAAUAUUGCUAUUGAUGUUGCAAAUGCAUUGGAAUAUCUUCAUCAUCAUUGCCAUUCACCAAUUGUUCAUUGUGACCUCAAGCCUAGUAAUGUUCUUCUUGAUGAUGAAAUGACUGGACAUGUUGGUGAUUUUGGCUUAGCAAGGUUCCUUCGUGAGGCCACCCAAGAGUGUUUCACUAAUCAAUCAAGCUCUAUUGGAUUAAAAGGAACAGUUGGUUAUGCUCCUCCAGAAUAUGGUAUGGGAAAUGAGGUGUCAACUUUUGGUGAUAUCUAUAGUUAUGGUAUAUUAUUAUUGGAGAUGUUCACAGGGAAAAGGCCCACUGAUAACAUUUUCAAAGACGACUUGAACCUUCAUGAUUUUGUUAGAGGAGCUUUGCCCGAACGAGUGAUCAACAUUGUGGAUCCUAUUAUUCUUUUGGAAAGAGAAGAUAUGGAAACUAGGACAAAUGACACUCACAUUCAAAAUCAAAUAGGAUGUCCCAAAAUUUUGGAGUGCUUGAUUUUGAUAUUUGGAAUUGGAGUUUCUUGUUCUAUGGAAUCUCCAAGAGAAAGGAUGAACAUUAGUGAUGUUGUAGCUCAGUUGCAUUUGAUUAGAGACAAGCUCCUCAGAACAAGAAGACGCCGAGAAAGACUUCAAUUUACAGGUACAGAGGGCUAGUGACCCUAUUGGAAGGCAUCAUGACGUAAUGAGGUUUUGAUUUUGUAUAAUGUUGGAACAGAAUAAUCAGAUUUGUAGCACCUCCUUUUGUUUCUUUUAACACUCACUUAUUAGCUUAUCUUGUAUUUGUCAUAGUUUUGUUUGUUUGUUUUUUUUUUUUAAUAUCCAUGGAAUAAUUUGUGGCUGUAACAUUACUUUUAAAAAAUGAUAGAGACUGUGGAUGUAGGCUUUUAUGGCUGAACCACGUUAAAAUUGUUGUCUUCCUUCUUUUGUUUGCCUUCAUUUUUCACAAAGGAAUUUUACAGUUUCGAGCCUUGGAUAGCAC